GGAGGACACCGGAUGAUGGAUGGUGCGCUCGGAUGAAGGCAGACCUCAGAUCGCGGCCCAGUGGCAUGCAGAGAUCCGCGCUGUGCGCUCCUGAAGCCCGUCACCUGCAUGAAGCGGAGAUGGAGUUCAGAUAGACGCGCCGCUCCAGCCCUGGGACUGAUCGCUGCGACUUCCGCUCUGGAUUUCUGCACUUCAUGUUUAGUUGCCCUGUGAAAAUGUGGAGACUCACCAACUUGUUGGCCUGUCUGCUGGUGUUGUGUAAGGACGCGUCCUCACAAAACAAGAUCUUUGGGGACACUGAGCCUGUCAGGAUGACAUCAGAGGGCUCCGACUGCCGCUGUAAGUGCAUCAUGCGGCCUCUGAGUAAGGACGCCUGCCUGCGGCUGCGCAGCGGCAGCGUGCGCGUGGAGGACUUCUACACAGUAGAGACGGUCAGCUCGGGAUCAGACUGUAAGUGCUCCUGCACGGCUCCGCCGUCCUCACUCAACCCCUGUGAGAACGAGUGGAAGAUGGAGAAGCUGAAGAAACAGGCCCCGGAGUUAUUAAAGCUCCAGUCUAUGGUGGACCUCCUGGAGGGAACCCUGUACAGUAUGGAUCUACUGAAGGUCCACUCCUAUAUCAACAAGGUGGUCUCUCAGAUGAACACCCUCGAAGAGACCAUCAAAUCAAACCUUACGCGAGAGAAUGAAUAUGUACGGGACAGCAUGACCAGCCUGACCAACCAGUUUAAAAAAUAUGAGAACUACUCCAACAUCAUGAUGAGCAUCAAGAAGGAGAUCUCCUCGCUCAGCCUGCAGCUGCUGCAGAAAGACGCGUCUGAGAGCAAAGCACAGGACACUCAUGAUGAGAAAGUCAAGCCUCCAGGAAAGGUAGCAAACAAAAAGACCCCUGUUGCCAAAACACCUCCAAAGGCACCCAAAGAAAAACCAGUCAAGCCCAAGAAAGAGGUCAUAAAGCCUGGGAAACCGAUUAAGCCCGACCCGACUCCAAAAUCAAAGGUGGUUGGCCAGCAGCCUGGUGUGGUGAGGAGCAUCACAUACUACAAGGCCUCUAAGACCAACCAAGAUGACCAAAGAGGAGACCACUCUGUGAAAACACACCCGGUCCAUCAUCUAACAGAAAAUGAGCCUGAGGAUGGAGGGACUGAAACUAUCCUAGAGCCUGUUGAGGGAACUGUGGCUGAGACCUUUGACCCCACUACAGCUCCCACUGCUACCAUUACCACCACCACCACUACUACCGCCACCACCACCACAACGUCCACCACCACAGAGCCCACUACUACCACUAUCCAAAGCACGCCCCGGUCUGAAAGACCAGCUCCUACUAUUGUGCUGGUGCUGGACAACUCCAACAACAACAGUCGGCCCAGCCUCCACAGAGAAGGGAAGAUUCUCAACUGUGAAGGAACUCUGGCAUCCAUUGAGCAACCGGAGAAACAACACAGUUAUGGGCGCAAUGAGGGAGCCUGGAUGAAGGAUCCUUUGGCUAAGGACUCCAAGAUCUACGUGACUAAUUACUACUAUGGCAACAACCUGGUGGAGUUCCGUAACCUGGACAACUUCAAACAAGGGCGUUGGAGUAAUCUUUACAAACUGCCCUAUAACUGGAUCGGGACUGGCCAUGUAGUUUAUAACGGAGCGUUCUACUACAACAGGGCCUUCACUAAGAACAUCAUUAAGUAUGAUCUGAGGAUGCGAUAUAUGGCAGCGUGGACUCUGCUGCACGAUGUCGUCUACGAGGACACCAACCGCUGGAAGUGGAGGGGACACUCGGAUAUUGACUUUGCAGUUGACGAAAGUGGUCUGUGGGUAAUCUACCCAUCUCUGGACUAUGACUACAACCAGCAAGAGUUGAUUGUGAUUAGUAAACUGGAUCCCGGAGACCUGUCCCUGAAAAAGGAAACGACCUACCGAACAGGCCUCAAGCGGAACUCUUAUGGAAACUGCUUCAUCAUCUGCGGUGUCCUGUAUGCUGUCGAUGUGUACAACCAGAAAGAAGCUGAGGUGAAUUAUGCUUAUGACACCCACACAAACACGGAGGCAAUCCCACGUUUGCCAUUCACCAACGAGUACUCCUUCACCACCCAGAUAGACUACAACCCAAAGGAUAAGCUUCUGUAUGCAUGGGACAAUGGCAAUCAGGUCACAUAUCAGGUGAACUUCAUUGAGGAAUGAACACAGGUAAUUUGUAUCCAGGCUUGCCAGGAUGGCAACCAGUUAGAGGAUUCUCAGUAUUUAUCUGUAAGAACUCAUGUAGAACCUAUCAUUGGACGUAGAUCUGUUUUUGGGCCUCAGUCAGGCUUUACAGCCUUUCCUGUCAUCUUCUAAAGUAUGUUGUUAUACAAUUUUCCAAUCCUUAAAUUUUUUUUGCACAGCUUUGGAUAAUAAAUUAUAAUGGCAAACUGAAAACAAUAUUAUUUUCCUGCUAUAUUACCAAUCAGCUGACUACUGAAUACAACCUGGGGCAGAAAAUAUCUUUCUUAGAAUAUAUUUGAUCAGUUUUUCUAUUUUGUUGUCAAAAAAACCCUAAAACAAGACAAAAAACCAACAAAAAAACAGAUAUGACCCAAAGCUGGUCUAUUUAGUAGAUAGUAUGCCUGUCACUCUAGUACAUUUUUAUGGAUGAUAAAUUGCCCCAAAAAUUAUUGAGAUAAACAAUAACAUUAUGGUUUUGAAACCAUUUUCAACUAUAUAAUGAUAAUGGCAUAAUAAUACAAGUUCACCAUUGCAUUAUUGAGGAUGAACUCAAUGCAAAAUUUCAAAGAAAUUGUGUUCUUUACAAAAGAAACUCACAACAACCAAAAUCUAUAAAUAAAAAAGGAAAUAAACUCCACAAUAAAAACUCAAAACCUUUAAUAAAUUGAAUUAUUUAGUCUCUAAACAAAAUUGCCCUUCAAUAAAUAUUAAUCAUCAGAAUCAUCAGAAGCAAUCAAUUUCAUGUUGCCUCAUAAAAGUGAUUGAUUCAUUGCUUAUUGCGACAGGUUCAUCAGCUACCACCAUUCUGUGGUCACUUUCACUGUCUUCACCAGGAGCAAAGUGGAGCCGAAGUCAAAGUUUUUGUUUGGGUGCACAAACUUAGUGAAAAAAAGCUGAUUCUGAUUCUAGCUGAACGUUCAAUCUUUGUCAAACAUCUCAAGAUAUACAGGUAUAUACAAAACAAAGUUGCCUCAUUGGUGUAUCAUUUUUUCACAUUAUGCAUUGAAAAGAAAUGUAAUCAUUUGGUGUUGAGGAAAUGACCAAAAAGGCAGAGCCUUUUCAUUUACCUUGUUUUUCAGUUUCCACCAUAUACUUUCAGUUUGUUUGAAAUCCAGACUACGUCUGGACAGGUCACUGAGCUGAUCUGCCUUUCCUGAAGAAAAGUUUGAACGCUCUUUGCUUGGUGUAAAGUUGCAUUAUUAUUCUGACAAAUCUUGAUUUCAUUAUUAAGCUUUCUUUGGAUUGAUGGAAUAAGAAAUGUUAGUAAUGUGCGUGUCAGGAGUCUGAGCUCUCCAUUAACCCAGAGCUCAUGCUCACUGCUGCUGUAGUAGAUGCACAAGCAGAAUUAGCGAAAUCACUGAGCGGCGGCAGACUCACUUCAAACACCGCAGACUGAGAGGAUUCUGUCUGGAGUAGGCAGACAGUGAUUUGUGGAAAUCACCACUGUGUUGAUGAUUCAGUUCAACAAAUUUUCAAUACUUUUCUUCUUCUUCUUCAUGUGUUCAACCCAUCACACAAUCAUCCUCUCAGGCCACAACAGCUUUUUUGGCAACAAAACUGACUCAAGUGUCUCCAGGAAACUGGAUCAAUUUAAACAACUGGAGUCCAUAAAUGGAACUGAGUUGAUCACCCCAAAGUGUUAUGCUAACAGAUAAUGAAAUUAUGAAUUAAUAAGCAGCUAUCUCUGAACGUUAGGAAAAUAAUGCUCAGUAAAACAACUCAUCAAGCAACCACCAGGAGUACUGAUUCCAUAUUUUUCAUCAGAGGUUGUAUUUGUCAUUUACCUAAGAUAUCAGACUUUCCAAUGGCUGUUCAGAUGCAUUCUGGAGUGUUUUUGUUUUAAUAAUUUUUGAAAAAUGUUUUCUCUUUUUGGCAUUUAACUCAGCUGGUGACAUUACUUCAGCCUGUUCUAACAGACAGGCUGCUGAGAAAGGUUCCCAGGGCCUAAGUAUCAGUCAUGUCAUCGUUUUCCCAUCCUGUGACCAAACAUUUGUUCAGGAAUUUGCUUUAUUAUUAUCCAUGCAUCCUGUUUCUUCACCAGAGAAAUGUCGAGGAGUGUGCUGAUUAAACUGUAUGACAAAAUUUACACUUUACUUUUAUAUUUGUUCACAAUAUGAUUUGACGAUGUAAUGAAUCUGUUAUUGUUUCUUCAUAAAAAGAUCCAGUUUUUACCAUGCCAAUAACCUUUCAUAGCCACUGUAUAUAUUGUAAAUGAGCAUUUGAAUGUUUGCACUUCAAACCGGGUUCAUCAUGUUCUAACAAAAGUCCAAUGUAGCCAUGUUAUUUUGUUUCAGAUUUACAUGUUUUACCACCCAUGAUGUAACGCUUACACAAAUCUAGAAUGUUUCUUUUGGGGGGGGGGGGCGUUCCUGCAACAAUGAUUCAUAACCACAAUGUUUUUUUAAAAAAGCUUAUUACUGAAAUCAUGUCAGUAUCAAUAAAGUCAUUUGUUUAAGUCUACACAUAGAAACAGAAACAUAAUAUUGUGUUGAAACAAGUUGAGCAUGUGCUUGUGUCAUGAAAUAAAAUGUUCACUCUGAAA